AUCUCAGAUGGAGGUCCAAGACUGGAUUGAAUCAUCUAUAAGAGCUUUCUUCUGCUUUACCGGCAUUAUAGGAAACAUCUGGUUGGGUUUACGCUCUCUACCAAAAUCCAUAACUCAACUGCGGACCAGCGACAUUCUCUUCAUGAACUUAGCCGUGUCCAAUCUCAUCACAAACUGUCUGGUGGACCUGCCAGAUACAAUGGCCAAGUUUUUGAACAACUGGUUCAUGGGGAAAAGUUAUUGUGGUGUGAUUCAGUUUUCUUCAGAUCUUUCAGAGACCAGCAGCAUCUUCUCUACUAUGUUCAUCAGUCUGUACUGGCACCAGAAACUGGUGGGGUCCAUCAGACGUGGAGGAGCUCCGGUGCAGAUGGAUAACUUACGGCUGGUGGCCGUACUGCUCGGUGGAAGCUGGAGCGUGGCGCUGGUGUUCAGCACUCCUCACAUCUUCAUCACAGAGAAUGAUGGAAAUCAAAGCUUGGAAGUUUGUGAAGAACAUUUUCCAACUCCUGCAGAGAAGCAAACCUUUGACGCUCUGUAUCUUACUCUGGCUAAUGUCGUUCCAAUUAUUGGGAUAACUUAUGCCAGCCUUCAGAUUGCAUUAACGCUGCUCCAAAGUCAAAAACGGAUAAGCCAUCACUCCUCCAAAGAAACCAGUAGUGCACCUAAUGGUGUGAAUAAUACCGUACAGAAGACACAGACGAGAUCAAACCCAUCCUCAAAUGGUCAGGUGAGGGCAGCUAAAAGCGUGAUGGCCGUGGCCGCGAUCUUCCUCAUCUGCUGGUUAAGUCAUCUUGUGCUGCGUAUCUACAGCAGUUUCAGUCGAUCCAUACUGGCUGUGAAGUUGACAAACUUUAUAGGAGCAUCUUACACCUGUUUUGUACCAUACGUCUAUCUGCACGGAGUGAAGAAACUCAACUGCUCGUGUUAA